AUGGGUAAUCAAUCUUCCAAGCCAGCACAACCAAAAUACACGCCAGUGAGAAGCAUUCAGGACGACGACGAGUUGUUGAUGAAGUUGCAGACCAAGCUGGGCAAACAGGACUCAGAAACCGAGGCCCCACUCAGUCUGACCAACCUCACAAAGUGGGAAACCAGCCUGUUAUCAGACCCAAAGAACCAGCUCGCUUUGAACUGUUUCACCGGUAACAACAUCUCCGACAUCAUUGCCAACACCGCUAGGAUCAACCUGGACAACCAGGACCUGUUCAACGUCAACAUCGAGUUCCAGGGCGGUCCUAUCACCAACCAGAAGUCUUCAGGAAGAUGCUGGCUGUUUGCCUCCACCAACGUGUUCAAGGAGUUCAUCAAGUCCAAGUACCAUUUGGAGUCAUUCGAGCUGUCGCAGAACUACCUGUUUUUCUACGACAAGCUCGAAAAGUGCAACUGGUUCCUCAACCGUAUCGUUGACAGUGCCGACGAGGACAUCGACUCGAGACUGGUCCAAUUCCUCAUGGGUCUGCCCGAGAACGACGGUGGUCAGUGGGACAUGGUGGUCAAUCUUGUCAACACGUACGGCCUGGUCCCAAAGACCGUGUUCACGGACUCUGCCUCGUCCAUUAACUCCGGGGCUUUGAACAGUCUUGUCGAGAACAAGCUGCGUGAGUUUGCGCUGGUUCUGCGGAAACUUAGCACCAGCGAGAAGGCCGCCGACAUCGACGGUGCCAAGGAGGCCAUGCUGCGCGAUAUCUACAAUAUCCUGGCCCUCACCUUGGGUAUUCCUCCAAAGCCCGACGACGAGAUCGUCUGGGAGUACAAGGACACCUUUGGCAACUACCACUCCGUCAAGACCACUCCAAAGGGCUUCUACAAAGACAUUCUCAAGUUCGACGCUGCCUCCUACUUCUCUCUGAUCCACGACCCAAGAAACACUGAGGGUCUCUACACAGUGGACAAGCUCGGCAACAUCGAAGGUGGCAAGCCGAUUGAGUAUGUCAACACCGCCGUGGACAAUCUGAAACAGGCAGCCAUCGCCAUGCUCAAGGCCAACCACCCGGUGUUCUUUGGCUGUGACGUGGGCAAGUUCGGAAACACCCAGCUCGGCCUGCUGGACGUGGACUCCUGGGACUACAAGCUGGGCUUUGGCGUCGACGUGAACCUCAACAAGAAGCACCGGCUGAUGACUGGCUCAUCGCAAAUGACCCACGCCAUGGUGCUGGUGGGCGUCCACAUCGUUGACGGCAAGCCUGUCAGAUGGAAGGUGGAGAACUCCUGGGGCGAGUAUGGUAGCCACAAGGGGUACUUCGUUAUGAGCGACAGAUGGUUCGACGAGUACGUUUUCCAGGUCGUCACCAGCGAAAAGUUCACCUCUGCCAAGCUCGCAGACCUGUGGAAGGGCAAAGACUUCAAGGUUCUGCCAUAUUAUGAUCCGCUCGGUGCCUUGGCAUGA